AUGCCCCCUCGCCUGCCACCGACUCCUGCUGCCUCGGGCGAACUGCAUAUCAAAGACCGUCCAAUCGACAGCAUGUCUGAGCACUCGUUUGCCCUGCCGCCCGCUGCUUUGAGUCCUGUUGUCACCGACGACAGCAACAGCAACAGCAACAGUCGCAAAACCUCUGUAGUCUUCCAGACCCCCGUCUCGCCAGCAUCGCCUGAUAUCGGCGGUCGCCGAAUGAGCACUACUUCGUCUCGUGGCGGCACGAAGAGAGCUGCUGCUACCCUGGACGAGUUCAACUUGCCGCCUCCACCGACGAGGACCAGGAAGAUUAUCCAGAUGAAGCCCAAGACUUUGUCAUCGUCAUCUGCCGGUGCUGCCGGUAGUGCUUCCCAGUCAGCCCCAAAAAGCACCGGCAAAUCAAACACCGCCAGCUCAAAGCCAACCGCCGCCGGGGCUGCCAAUACAUCUACUACUACUACUGCUACUACAUCGCAACAGCCCAAUGCCAAUGGCUCCAAGAAGAAGCAGCCCAGCGCGACGUCGGCUGCAGGACGCAAAAUUGCACGCAAGACGGCACACAGUCUGAUUGAGCGUCGCCGACGGUCUAAGAUGAACGAGGAGUUUUCGACCCUGAAAGAUAUGAUUCCUGCAUGCCGGGGACAGGAAAUGCACAAACUCGCUAUUCUUCAGGCAAGCAUUGACUACAUGAACUACCUCGAAGAAUGCAUCACCGAACUCAAAAGCGCCUCGAGCGGCAAGCACAGUACCGCCAACACCCCAAUCAUGAGAGCACCCCCAGGCCCUCCAUCGCCCACAUCGCCCGAACUGGUCAUGACCGAGCGAGCAGACGAAGAAUGCUUCUCGGCAUCCUCGGCAUCCUCGUCUGUGGCUGCCUCACCUGCCCUCUCACCGCACACUGGCCCUACUACAACACACCAAUUCCAAUCCAUUGACUCGUCGUCCUCAUCAUACUACCCGAUCCUGCCAUCCCCAGCUCUGGGACCAGUACAGUUCCAGCAGCAAUAUCAAAAUAAUAAUAAUAACAACAAUAACAGCUGGCGAGCACCUUCACAACCACUCGCCUCUGCAACCCCUUCGCCCGCAAUCCUGCCUCAACAGCACCACCGAUACAGCGUCUCCUCCAGCUAUGCCAGCAGCAGCACCAGUACCAGCGGCACCACCGCUCUGGAGAAUGAUAGCAUGAUCGACCACGAGGCCAGCGCCGCUCUGCUAAUGCUAAAUAUGGACCGUCGCGGAGGUGUCGAGGAGAGCGCGCAACGGUCGUCUCUCGCCGCUGAAGCCACGGCACGCAAGCGCAAGAUGGGCAUGAGUGUGCGCGAUUUACUUGCGCCGUAG